GUUGGUGUGCGAGACACAUCCACAACGCUCAACGAACGCACGGAUCGCACGACAGAUCCGAUCCGAACCGCUCCAUUUCGAUCCCAUCCGAUUCGAUUUGAUUCGAUCCUCGUGAGUGUGAGAUUUUCGAGUGAAAAGUGGAGUGUUCUGAUACGUUAACAUGUAAAACGAGUGUUGGCCACAGAAAAAAAAAAACGAACAAAAUUAUAGAGGAAGCCCGUUCAAAAAAUACAAGCAAAAAAUACACACAUAAAAAAUGUAUUGAAGCUGAAACUUGUGUGAAACAAAAUUUUCAAAAAAUCAUCAUUAUUUUUGGCAACCAGUUUAAACCGUAGCAAAAUCGCAAACAGCAAACCAAACAAAUAUAUAAGACAACGGGCCACAUAACUAAUUGGAUUACGCAAAAAAGGGCGAAGUUGGAUAGAGGUCGCACCAUGAGGACCGGCACUCUAAUGGACAUUUUCUACACGGCGCUGCACUUAAUCACAAUCGCAGCUCUCACGACGCACGCGGCGCAGAUCCCAUCGGCAGUCAAGGAUGCCCAGAGCUCGCUGAGCGAAGCCAUUGCGGCGGCCGAGGCGGAGGCGGAGACCCAGGCCACCUCCAAGCCGGCGGUAGAGCCGAGCGUGCGGAUCAAGUGCCUGUCCGGCUCGAUGCUGAUCACCAUCAAAGAUGCUCCGCCAAACCAUGAGACGGGGCUCUUCAGUGGCAUGAUCUAUCCGAAAGGCCUGUCCAAGAACUCCACAUGCCUGAGCGAGUACAGAGAUCACGUGGGCUCCCUGCGGUACAAGCUGCCCCUGCGGUCGUGCAACACGAUGCCCAAGGAAACGGACGAUGGAGGAAUCGAAUUCUUCAACACCAUCGUACUGCAACCUCAUCUGAAGCUCAUCACCGACCUGGGACGCGGCUACCAUGUGAGAUGCGCCUACAAGAGCCGCGAUGCCGCCAUCAAACCCAAGAAGCAUCUGCGCAAGCAUGCCCAAAAGCCGCAGGCCUUUCGUAGCGACGAUCGCCGGGACUAUGGACGAUCCCUGGACAAGCAGCAGCAGGAUGACGACCUGGACGAGGAGGAUGUUUACGAUGCCAAUGCCCCGCAGGAGGUGGAGGAAGAUGUGAGCAACAAUGAGAUUCCCAUGCCCGGCUGCCACAUGAAGAUCUACAAUGAUGAGCACAAGAUAGCCGACGACGUGAAGAUCGGCGAUCCACUCACCCUGGUGAUUAGCAUCGAUAGGCAACAGGUGUACGGACUACAUGUCACCGACUGCAUAGUUCGCGAUGGCUUGGGCUGGGGAGAGCAGCGACUGGUGGGCGAAGAUGGCUGUCCCAUGGACAACGAAAUUAUGGGUCAGUUCAACUACACCGAGGAUCGCCUGGCCGCCAAUGUGACCUUUCCGGCGCACAAGUUCCCUUACACGACUUCCGUCUACUACCAGUGCAAUGUGCGUCUGUGCGCUCUGGAGGAUCCCACCUGCCAGGAGGCACCUCUGUGCAGCGGCAAGCGGCCAAAGCGCCAGACUGCCGUUGAUAGCAAGGAGGAGGACGGCCUGCCGGCCACCAUUGAGGUCUUCUCUGGCCUGUAUGUGAAUGAGAACGAAAAUGCCAACGACAGCGACGAUGAUGCGGUGUACAAGGAGAAGACCCUGGAUGAUGCUCUGUGCGUGUCACAGCGCACCUUCGCCAUAGCCAUUGCCAUCGCCGGCCUGAUCCUGAUGCUGGCCGUGGUCGCCGCCGUGCUGUGCAUCAUGGCCCGCCGCAGCACCAAGACGGUGUCCAACUCGGGCAGCUCCAUCUACAGCGGACCCUACACGAACACCGCCUUCUCGCACAGCAGCUAAGCGGCUUUAAGGAGUCCAAACAAAAACAGAAAUUCAAAAUUCAAAUUGUUUCCAAAAUCAAAACACUCAAAGUGUUGAAAAUCAGAAAGUUUACACCAGGAUGAAAUUCGGUCGCGCAGGUGCCGCUGCGGUAGUCAACGAUUGAUAGGAUUGGGAGCCACUUAGUCUCUAAGGAUGCCGGAUGCUGGAGCGGAGCAGUCAGUCGUCCAGCGGCUGUCUCUAGCUUAAGAAUAAUUAGUCUUAGUUCACAAAAUGUUGUGCAGAGAUUACCGGGCAAUGGCCAGGGUCCAUUGUCUCCAAUUGCCCGCUAAUGUCGCAGAGCUCCGACCAAGGAUACGCUCUAUCUUUGGAGCUCUGUUCCGCACAGUCGGUGUUGGACUCGCCCUUCCUUCAGACACUCCACUGUAAGUGUAAGCGUGUUUCUACAACCCCCUCUCGUCCUCCUCCUUCUAAUUUAAUCACUCGAACUAACAACGAAUGCAGCAGCCGACGCUCAGGUGAUAUUUGUACUCGUAUCUACAUAAUGUCUAACUCUUAUUCGUAAUUUAUUAAUUUAUCGGAUGCCUAACUGCCAAAGGUCCAAAAACUGCACACGUCCCCCGACACUCUUAGUUGAAUUUCCUGAAUAUUUUCUUGUCAUUGUUUUUACUUGAACCAACUGCACUCCGAUCUGGACGCGGGCAGGAGCCCUUAUCAUAAAGCAGCCGUCCCGAUCAGCCACUUACUAUAUAUAGUUUAUAUUUGAUAAAGAAACAGAACAAAUAUCUGGCAACAGUUCUCAAAGUAGUAAGUCUAGGCCUUUGCACAGCUUCAAUCGAGCAUUCCGCCUGGGAAUGCUCCUCUGGAGCCGUUCAAUUACGCAAUUCAAUUCAUAUUGUAAAAGCUCAAUUAUAGUUUACCUCGUAAGUUAAUAUUAAUCAUUGAACAAUAAAAGCAAAUUGAACUAAAUAA